AUGACGGAUAAAAAUCUCAAGAAUCCAUACGGCAGCGUUAAUUUACCCCGGGCACAGCUGAAGAGCAGCUUUGUACGGAACACGAUUGGAGAGGAUCUCGAUAGCGUAGUCAUUGCCAAUCCUGCCGUAGUGCCAACGUAUCCCUCCUACACGGUCCAAACACAAGACCGGCCUACCAAUGACAACUCUACAUCCUCCUGGGAAAACAACACAAUUCGCACCCAGGAGUCCUGGAGAAGGCCUCAUAACCCAUAUGGAUCAGAGAAAAGGCAAAAUGGUGGCCACCCAGACGCCAUGUACAACAUUGACUUGGACAAGCGCUACAAGGAAACGGAGGACAAUCCUUGCUGCUGUUACCCCUACUGCAAAUGUUGCCCCUGUUGUAGAAAGUCCUGCUGCGUUGUGUCAUAA